GGUCAGCUCGAGGCCCGGGCCCGCGGGGAAAGCGGCGGCAGUGGCGGCGCCCGUGUGAUAGGAGGGGAAGUUGGAAGAGACCCCCUCGGCUUAGCACGGCACGUGGCCCCGAGCGGUGCGAAGCCGCCGUCGCCGCCCGUUCCCACAAGCGCGCCCAGGCCUGGCCCGGGACAGCGCAGGUACUGCCCGGAUGGGGCGCGCGGGCCCUUUAAGAGGGUCCUGGGCCAGGUGCAUUCUGGGAGUCGUGAGCACGAGGUGGGGAGCGCCGGGCAUGCUGGGAAGCAGGAGGGUGGCAGCUGCAGUCUGGCACGUGGCCCCUCGAAGGGGAGGGGUGAGCGCGGGGCUGGGGGCGUGGGGCCGCGGGCACCCACCUGGGCAGUGCUCUUGGUGAAGCUUCGCCAGGGGAGUAGCAAGGUUGGGACCAGAGGGGAAGGCGUUGGGCCGGGCUGGCAGCUGGAGGCUCCCAUCUGGGGCCCUGCCCCCUGCCAGGGAGGGGCUCUGCUGCUGCACCUUGCAGCUCCCUCCAUGAAGCCACCUGCUUUCUCAUUUUUCCUCCUCUCUCCUCCUUUUGUGAGAGGAGCUAUGACCCCAUUUUGGCUGCGCGAUGAGUCAGCAGUUAAUAUUAAGGGAGAAGAAACUAGGCUGGAAGGGCAGUUCUGCUAACCUCUGAUAGCGGUUAGGCUUUCAGCAAACCCUGCUGCUAUUGCUUCCUAUAUUGCGCUGUGGAAGUUGCAGUGUGGCCCGUGACCUGCGUCUGCAGCUGUUGCACGUGCAGUGCCUUCUGGUACUGUCUCCUCCUCUCCUUGCAGCCUUCCCAGGGUCGUUCUGAUCCAGGCUGUGUAUCCUUAGGUUGUUACAUUUAAAUAAUGUGAGAUUUUUUAAAUCUGAGACGGAAGCCCCUCGUUCUGAUCCCACCGAUGCUACUGCCAAAGCCUCUUUUAAAGAGCGAGGCAGGCGUGCAGCUUCAUUGAAGUAUAGUCUCCAAUCCCAAAUUUUACCUCGUACAUGUCAGAACUAGCACCGUUAGAUAAAUUCACUUAAAAGUGCACCUUGUGCAUAGUAAUGAGAUUAAAUUUGCAUUUUCUGGCCCCGAGAAUUGGAUGCAUUAAGCAGCUGUACCAGAUCUGGAGACUAGGUAUCAAGAACAGAGUGAUACUAUGACUGUGACAGCGAGCGCUUCUUGUGUGCAUGCUUUAUUAGUCUACAUGAAACAGUGGCUCAUGAGGCCUGAAUGUGGAACGGGCUUCAAUGUGCCUCUUGUUAAACAGGACUUACUGCAGCUUUAUUCUGAACUAGCUAAUCCUAUCUGGGAAACAUUCAAUAGCUCAUGUCCAUAGAUUGUUCCUGUUGAGUGGUUGCUGGUGAGAGAAGUGUUAAACUCUUGAAUUGGGGGGGAUGGGAUUCCAGAUCUAUCAUUAAGGACUUUUUUUGAUCGAGUAGUUCAGGAAUAUGUCAAUGAAAAUCAAGGCAACUCUAAACUGGAGUUGUAUCCUGCUUGUUAGGAAAUGUCAUCCAGGCAGAAUUUCUGUUGAGCAUCCCGAGGCUGGUGGAAGAACUUAGGGUAUGUGCUUGCUCACAUAUGUAUGCAACAGUGGUAUGACUCAGGCCUAUGAAUGCAAGGGAGAUUUUUUUCUUCACGUGUCAAACUGCUACUCUACUGGGGUAAUUAGAUUACCCUGUUGACUGGCAAUAAGAUAUGGCUGUUUUUAAACUGGGUUAGUCACUAUAAAGAAAAAGCAUCAUGAUAGCUCGUGGUAAAUACGAGUAACUCGUCUCAGUACCUGUCACAGUUGUUUUGUCCCCCUCCUGAACACCACUGGUUCACAGUGCCUGGUACUUUUGUCAGCAAAGUACAAGACAGGCUGAUGUGAGCACCUACUCACAUUGGGUGGUGGGCAUGUUGAUGAGGACAGUAAGUGUAGCUUACAUGGAUGGUAAAUCUCCAGGGCGUGUAAAAAGCUUAAUUCUUAGUGUCAUUCAACUUAGCACUGAGUUAACAAAAGUUCCUGUACUAGAUGUCAAUCUUGGCAGGAAUAUACAUUUCUGACAACUCUAUUAAUAGAGGACCCGACCAUCUCCAAGAACUGGAGGCCACUUCGAACACUUCUAAAGGAUAUAACUCUGAACAUCAGCUUUGGUGCCCAGUCUCAGUUGUUCAGUGACGCUACAGGUAGGUGACAAAAUGCCUUGGGGGUCCGGUUGUCAGAUGUUUUAUCUUUUCUCUUGCAUUAGGUAUCAAACAGAAGUGAAAGCCUGUAUUCUAAGUUGAAGGAUUUGUGGGGUGGGGGGAAUAAAAGCCCCCUCAAAAUAAAGAUUUUCUCUGCUCUUUGAGGUUUGUCUGUCAAUGGUAUGGUCGCUUAUACCAUGAUAAGAGUGCCUGUCUCAUUCCUGGAUGUAUUAAUCUUCAAACACUGAUGUGAAGUCAGGCAGUGCUGCUGUCUCCAUUUUGCUGAUGGGGAAACUGAGGCAUAAACCGACUGACUUGUUCAUGGUACAGAGGGAGUUAUGUUAGAGCAGAAGGUCUCACAGGUCUCUAGAGUUGUCAUCUUUUCCCCUAACCAUGGAAAUACCUCUUUCUAAGUUAGCAAACUGACUCUAAAGACCUGCCUCAGAAUAGUGUGUGGUACAUGCAGUCAAAAUCACAGACUUGUCAUGGGCAAAUAAUGCUUCCAGAGACUUAGUAGUAGCUUAAAUAAGGCUAGGAUAAGGUCCUGUGUCAUCUUUUGAGAUAUUCAUGAUCAAAACGUGUAUCUGUUUUAAGAAGCUAAGAGAAUGAAUUUUAUAUUAUUGAAAGCAAUAAACCAGAAUCUGGUCGGUAGCAUUGUGAUCUAGCACAUUAAUAAAUCUCUUGUGUCUGUUUAACUGUGCUUUUAAAACAGCAAGAGGAGUUGUGAGGUGAGUUAAUGCAGGCAGGCAACAUGAUAACCCAAAAGGGAGGUGAUGGAUGGAGAAUGAUGUAAUACACCAGAAAUAAGGAGAGAAUAGUCGCAGUGGAUUGUGUAUUUCCUUUAGCGGUGUGUCUUACUUUGCAGGCACUAACACAGUAAAAAUGGGGCACUGAAGUGGAAAAGUGAGUUAGUUUUCAUGGAAGAAUGAGUUAAUGGAAGAAUGAGUUAAUUUUCAGGGUGUGGAUUGCAGCCAAGGUGUUGGCUUGUUUCUAAUAAGAAUAGAAAGUCUUCAGGGACAUGUCAACCUCCUGAGAGGAGCAGAUGAAGGAAGACUUCCUUCAGCACUGAGAGAGGGUUUGAAUGUAUACCAUGUAUGUGUUUGUCUCGAGUGAUAUCAAGGGACUGGUUGCGUUAAUGACUGUUUGCUUGGAAGCAUUAAUAAUGCUGGAGAGGGAACUACUGUCAUAGCACAUAAGGAGGAUUUAAGGCAUUAGAGAACUACAGAAAACAAAGAGUGAAGAUCCAUACAAGGAAUUCUAAAGACGUUGCUAUCCCUUGUAGCUUAUAAGAUAAAGGCAGUAUUUUAAUGUAUUAUAUCUUUUCCUUUCACCCCUUCAAAGGUGGUACCACUCGCUUAACAAAUAGGGACCUGAGAUGCAGAGGGACUAAGUGGCUUGUCCGUGGUCACGGGAAGGCUGAGUCAGAACAGGGACUUGAGCCUGGGUCUCCCACAUCUUAGGUUUUCAUUAGAACCAAGGGACACUUGUUCUCCUUUAAAGGUGUUUUGCCCUUGCUUUUAGGGAAUGAAUCUGAGCUGAGUUCUGACUGACUGAAGUUUUUCUAGACUUUUUCUGUAGAUUACUUCUGGAUCCUGAAGAAAAGCUAAUCCUGAUCACUUGUCACUGAAGUGGGCAUAGCAGUACAAUUAGCUAAACCCUCUUUUAAUUCAUGCUCUUGAGCAGCGGACUGUGCGCUGUCUCCCAUGCCAGAGGCAGCUGCCUUUCAGUGAUACUAUAUGUAACUUGCAUAGAAGCUUGGCAUGAAAAACACUUUAUGAAAAGGAAGAUGCUUGCAAUUAGUAUGUCACAACUAAUACAGUGGGAUGUUACCUAAUGUUACGCAACGGCAAAAAGACGACAAAACUUGGUCAGGUACCAUAAAAAGUAAACUUUCGCUUCUUAAUGCCAACAAUGGUGUGUGGUGGCAUAGAUGUUGUGUGUUAUCCCAGAGGGGAUAGUGCAUUUGCCACCACUUUCGUUGAUACUUAGGAAUGUCCUCUACUUCUCUAAGGGUGAGGGCCAUAGGAUGAUAGGAAAUAGUUCUGAAAAGAACCUCGCAAGAUUAUCUGGUCCAGGCUCUUGCUCAGGUCAGGAUCGUCUCUGACUAAAUCAUCCCAGCCAAGCAUCUAGCCAACCUGUUCUUGAAAAGUUCCAAGGAUGGAGAUCCUCUAACUUCUCUAGGGCUCCGUCAGGAUACAGCGCAACAAAAAGAAACAAAGCCAUACGACAACAAAAAAAGAAGUGGUAAUCUCCCCGCCUCACUCGCGCAUCCCACUUUUAACAUCUGAGUACUGGGGUCCAGGACAAAUCCUUUUCAGGGUGGCCCUGGAUCAUGGAAGAGAAAGAUACCCCUCUGGGUAUCCCGGCUGUGGAACCGGCUUGGUGCUUUCCUGGUCUCGGCGUUCUGGAGCUUGCAGCAACUGUGCUGCUUCCUGCUACCCCGCCAUAUGGUUUUGUUCAGGCUCUUGUAGCUGGUUCUUGGUACGAAUGUCUGACGUCAAGCCCCACACACCUCUCCAGUCACAGAGAGCAUGUAUUUAUAAACUAUGGAAGUAGUUCUGCUCACCGCUCCGUGGUCUCCGUUCCUGCACCUGCAUCAGGAAUCCCAGAUGGAACAGAAAGCAGCGCUCCAGCCAGGUGGAACUUCCUCCUUCAUGACUUUACCAACUGCCGCCUUCAAAACAAUAUAGGCAAGCAUAUUCCAAGGUUCCUAAAAUCCUAAAGGAUGUGUGCAAAUUGGAAGGAAGCUUAAUGACACAAACAUGGAUACUGCUAGAUAUACAGACGUACUUCGGUAUCCAUGACAGCAAAGCUGGUUUCUUGCAGACAGUCUUCCUCCUGUGCUACAUGCUAUCUGCACCCUUCUUCGGAUACCUAGGUGACCGAUACAACAGGAAAAUCAUCCUUGGUGCUGGCAUCUUCCUCUGGAGUGGUGUGACACUAGGCAGUUCAUUUAUCACUGAAUCAUAUUUCUGGUUAUUCAUUCUUUCACGUGGACUUGUUGGCAUCGGCACCUCCAGUUACUCCACUGUGGCACCAACUUUCAUUGCAGACCUAUUUGAGGAGGGGAAAAGGACCACAAUGUUGUCUUUCUUCUAUAUCUUCAUCCCAGUUGGAAGUGGCUUUGGUUAUAUUCUGGCAUCUAGUGUGACACAAGCUACUGGCCACUGGCAUUGGGCAUUCAGAAUAACUCCUUGCAUGGGAGGGUUGGCACUGGUCUUUCUCAUUCUGCUAGUCCCUAAUACAAACCAGAGAACAGCUAAAGUUUUUGGAGGGCAAAGCAUCACCAACACAACCCAGGGAGCAGCCAAGAAGCAUGAACCACACAGCACUGCCCACACAACCUGGUGCAAAGAUGUCAAAUCACUUGGCAAGAACCGGAGUUUCAUCUGGUCCACGUUGGGUUUGACAGCUGUGGCAUUUGUGACUGGAGCCCUGGGAUUCUGGAUGCCGUUGUUUCUAUACAGGGCUGAACUCCUCCAUGGCAUUGUCUCUCCAUGCCUUGAGGAGCCAUGCAGUUCCUCCAACAGCUUAAUAUUUGGAGGAAUUACUAUUGUGACAGGAAUUUUGGGAGUCAUCACUGGGGCAGAAGUUUCAAGAAGAUGCAGGAAGAUUAGCUCCAAAGCUGACCCUCUUCUCUGCUCCAUAAGUAUGUUCACCUCUGCUCCGUUCCUCUACGUGGCAAUCAUGGUGGCCCAGGAAAGCAUCACAGCUACUUACGUUUUAAUUGCAUUUGGAGAAUUUUUUUUAUCCUUAAACUGGGCUGUUGUGACUGACAUGCUAUUGUGUAUAGUGGAACCAAAUUGCCAAUCAACAGCUAUUGCACUGCAGAUUUUGGUGAGCCAUUUUCUGGGAGAUUCAGGCAGUCCGUACCUGAUUGGCAUGAUCUCUGGUGCCAUCCAGAACAGUCAUGUUGACUCCUACUUAUGGCAGUUUCGGAGCCUGCAAUACAGCUUCAUCACAUGUGCCUUCAUUGGAGUCCUUGGGGGAUACUUUUUCCUUUUGACGACCCUUUACUUUGAUGAAGAUCGGAAGGAAGGUGUCCAGCUUUGCAGAGGUUCCUAUAUGCAUCUGAUUUCUCUUACAGCCUGUCCAACAGCCCUUUUCCUGAUACCCAAACUAAGAUUGGCUCUCAAAGUUGCAGUGCAUUGAGAACAAAGGCUACGUUUCAAAUGAAGAGGGCCUCGGGGACGAGUUUCCCAAGGAGUAAAGGAGCUUCUGUUUCCCCCUCUCAAUGAAGGUGCAGUUGGAGGAAGAGGCCAAAUCGCAAUCCCUCCAUAUGGCAGCAAAACCUGAAUACUAAUUUUUAUGACGCUUUCGACUGAGAGUCAAAAACUGCUAUGGAAUUGGCAUAUGGUGAACCUCCCCCCAUCUGCGAAACUGGCAUGAGUGCUCUGAGGAGGUUGGUGGCUCUGAAAGCCAAGAAUAUAGAGCUGUCACAGACAUGACUAUUAUCCCAAAUAAGACAGUACAUUUUAAGGUGGAAUGUCUAGUAGAGAUGGGGCUGUGGUUCCUGCGAAUUCUCAGCAGGAUGAUAUUUGCUUAAAGGAUGUGGAGAACACAGCCAAAGCUGCAGUCUUCUCCAGCUCUUUUAUUAAUAACUAUGGAAGUCAAGAGCUGGCUGGCUAGUCAGCAUCUGGUGCCAAGAGGAAAGAGACAUGAGGUACCUCCAUGAAAUAUAUUCGUGGCCUCUUUAUAAUACUGUGGGACUCUUGUGAAGUACCAUUAUUCAUGUAUACCACCACUUAAAUACAAUGAUGCUUUCUGUUUUUAGCUUUGGCUACCAUCUGGAUCAUCUCUGAGCUACUGUUCAGAUACCUCUUCGUGGAUAUUGUCAUGGAUGAUUGUCUUCCCAUCCAAGGGCUGUGCCCACCUGCACUGUAUUGUGAUCAAAAUGCUGAGGUUCUCCGCAGCGUCCCAGAGCCUGAGAUUUCUUCCUCACUGAAUCUUAGCAAGUUCUGGCAUUAUCAGCCUUUCACAUAAUACUGCCCCUCCUGAUGAACAGUAUGAAACAUCAAGCAUAACAAAGCAGGGCCAAGUGUGAAUAGCUGCUUGCUGUUGUAAACUGAGCACAUACUGAUGUGAGAGUUGUUUUGGGGGGUUUUUUAAUCUAUUCUAGAAAUUGAUUUGAACCUGGAAGGCCAAACUUGGUUUAUACAGUGCCAUUGCCCCACUGACUUUGGCGUGGUAACAGCUGGAGCAGAACUUGAUGUUCCCCCGAGUUAUAAAUAUCUCAAAUUUUUAAAAUGUUCAAGUCAGUGAAAAUGAACUUGGAGAGCUUUCAUCAUUAAUCAAAUAAAUGUCACAAUGCAGAACUAUCCAGGAUUCUCAAAUACUGAGCAGUUUCCAGGUGGUAGGAAUAGCAGAUGUUCUUCCACUAACAUUCUCUUAGGAAAGUACAUUGCUGCAGAUUAGAAGUAUUGCAAUGAUGGAUUCUCAAUACUAAGAAAAAGUUUUGAAAUACUUACAAUACUUACACAAAACCACACACAGCAGCUUUUCCUAGCAUUUCCAAAUGCCAUGUGUUUGUCAGUGCCCAGACUGAGAUUCUUCCUUCAUGGCUGGCUGAAGUGAAGUCUGUAAUGGCUUCAUUUUGCUAUUUAGACUGAGGAAAUUGCUUUGCUAUGGCACUAGUUUCACCAGUUUUCCUAACAUCGUACAAGUUCAGUGCCUCUUUAUGGGAUGGGUUUUUUUUUUUACUAGAGCCAGUCCCAGGCAUUAAGGAGUUAGCCUUUCAGGAGCUUUAGGGCACUUUGGUAAAAUUGUAGUUGUGCAAUAUGCUGUGUAGAUGCACCAGGGUGGGCAAUUAUUUUGGGCAGAGGACCGCUUACUGAGUUUUGGCAAGCCAGUGAGGACUGCAUGACAGGCAGCCAAGGGAAGAUAAAUAUUCAUUUUCUAAAAUUUUUAGGGGCCCUGUGGGCCGGAUAGAAUGGCCUUCCUGCCCACCCCUGGGAUACACCCAGAUGUCCUGGCAAAUUGCUGAUGGGUGAAAGAACUAGUUGUUAGAGCUAAUUUAUAGAUGAUCCUACAACAAUGUCCUCGCUAAACACAACCUUCAAGACCAUCAACUUAUGCUCGGUCUCAGGGGCUGACAUUUUACUCAAAGCAACUUGAUGAUUUUUUUUGGAAUGCCUUCUGUAUUGGUGGUGACCCUGUUAAUAAGUUACUCACUUUGCAUGAUUGUCAAACCACCACUAAAUUAAGCCGUACUCUUAAGAGUCCUGCGGAGGCACACAUUUGGUAUGAAUGAGAGGCCAAAUAGCUCCUCUGCAGAAGGCUUGAACUCCUUGGAAAUGGACAAAUGAACAUUUCACUGCAGUUUUUCCAAAAGCUAGCUGGGGUUUUUGUCAGGUUUUUAACUAUACUUUUACUGGAUCCACCCAGCUAAAUGACCAGAUAUUCUGAGCUAUGCUCUGGCCUCUUUGGAGCUGGCAUCCCCUUCUGCCUUGCUGCUCAAGCUGUUGAUUCGGGGCUCUUGUAUAUGUGUGAAGCUGCUGUGGGCUCUCCAAAACUGUGAAAUUAUUUCUGUGAGCUGUUUUCAGACUCAGUACAGGGUUUAAAAAGUCUUUAACCUCUGACGCACUUCAGAUGUCUUUGAUCAGAUCUUCAGUGUUUCUUCCCCUUGCCCUUCAGCUACCACAUGCAAUAUUAAACCAAGUAAGUAUUCCCUCUUAGAUGGGGUACAUGGAAGCAAUCUGACUCUUGGAAGAAUUGGCUGCAGAAUUUUUAGGUUGCAGUUAAAUUAACAGCCGGCAGCAAUACUUACAGUGAGGGGCUAGAGACACAGGUUGGCUCCUCAGAGGUGGAAGAAGUGGACUCCUCUCUGUGACUUCUAGAGUAAGAGAUUUGCAGGCACAUGGUGUCAUAUUUGCCAUUCUCUAGCAGGGAUACUGUUGGAAUGGAGGGACACUUCUGUUCAGAGUAGGUUCCUAUUAGAGUAGGUUCAUGUUGGCUAGAGAGGGAAAACCCCCUCUAAGAACUAUUCCUGAAAGUGCAGGAUACAGAGGAUGUAGUAGUUGAUUUGCUUAUUCUUAGUGCAUGAAGUGAGACAAGGAAGAACACGACAUUAAGUAUGGUGGGAAACUGCUACAGACCAGACUAGGGACAGGAGGGGUUCUCCCCUUCACUUCUUUACUCCAGCCUAGAAAGUUGCCUAUCCUACUACAGGAUGCAUUUGGACUUUGAUUCAAACACCAAAUUCCUGCAGUUCAUAUCCAUGUGGUACUUGCUUAAUGAUCUCUCUUUAUUUAAAAUGAAAAUGUAUCAGGCAUCCUUAAGUCAAUGUGAAUUUGAUUCAGCUGUAUCCAGUUGCCUAGAAGAUGUUGUUCUGUCCUUUUCACUCUUGUUCAUUUAUCAUUGCUAUCUCAGUUGUAUUGUAUUUUCUACAAAAGUAAUAUCCUAUCUUAAUCCUCCCCACUAAAAUAAAAAUAAAAUGCACCAUU